CCUUGCUGUUUUCCGUAAAACAGCCACCAAAUCUUCGAGCAAACUUUGUACUCGGAAAGGUCUGAAUUAUCAAGAUGGCACUACAGACCCAAAAGCCGCAGUUCAUCCUCUUUGGUGACUCGCUCACCGAGUGGGGUUUCGAGGAGUUCGACGAAGGUUUUGGCUGGUUUCUCGAACAGAAGUACAAGGACAAGGUUCACGUGCAGUGCGAAGGUCGGGCAGGCUUCACUUCCACCAAUCUCCUCCCCGACUUUGACCGCAUCAUCGCCCAAGCCACGUCGCCCAACGCGCCCAAGACCCUACUCUUCACCAUCUUCCUUGGCGCCAACGACGCUUGCCUCAAUGGCAUGGAAGAGUACGUUCCACUUCCCCAAUUCGAGCAGAACAUCUGCAAGUUCGUCGAAACGAUCCUGACCCAGGACGCGCUGCCCGAGACGAAGAUCGUGCUGAUUACGCCACCACCCAUCAACAUCCUGAGCCCCCUUUUUGACGGCGAAGAAGGUGCUGAUUUGAAGGCGCUGAACGAGGAGGAGAAGCUGUUGAGGGGCUAUCGGACGUACAUGAACAAGAAGAGGUAUGCGGAGAAGAUCAUGCAGAUUGCGGUCACGUAUGAGGAGACGGGACGUGUGGCUGGACUAGACUUCUGGGGCGAUUUGGUAAGGGCGAAAUUGCAGGAGAUCGGCGAGGAGUAUGAUGAAGAGAGGCUGCCAGGCUCUGGGCUGUAUGGGGUGGGCGACUUCGGCAAGGGUUACUUCACUGAUGGGCUGCACCUGGAUAAGAAAGCGUACAACGUGUUGUCUCGGACCCUGUAUGAUACCAUGGUGACAAAAUGGCCGCAGUUGGCCCCGGAGCUCUUGUAA